AACACUGAAUAUCUUAGUGUAGUCGAAUUAAACAGCACAUCAUAACAGUUAACAUGAUCAAUAUUAAAAUUAUUCUCUUGGUCAGUCUGGCAGCAUAUGUGGCGUAAGAAUUUUUUCUAUUUAUUUUUUAAAAGCGUUUGGAAAUCUUCAUCAGCUCUAGAGUUUCCGUACAUUUAUUAUUAUUUUAAAUAUAAACGUUUACGUUUCAGGUGUGGUGGAGGUGAUAAUCCGCCAUUUAAAGGUACUACAUGGGAUGAUAUUGAUAACGAGUACAGUAAACCAAUUAAACCGAGUGAACUAAUUGAACUGAGUGAACUAAGUGAACCGGGUGAACUAAGUGAACAACUUACUCCAAGAAUAAGGAAAGGUACUACAUGGGAUGAUUUUGAUAACGAGUACAGUAAACCAAUUAAACCGAGUGAACUAAUUGAACUGAGUGAACCAAGUGAACGUGAGAUUCCGAUAAUGAGCCAAGAUGGCGAUGAUGAAGUUACCCCGAUGCAAUCAAACGUAUUUGACCUUUCAUACAGUGGAGUUUCCGAUAGCAGUGAUAUUACAUGGAAUGAUGAUACUCACAACGAGUACAGUGAUACGUGUGAACAGUUUGAACCGAGUGAACCAAGCGGAAAAGAUACUCCAAUAUUAAGCCAUUAUGAAGUUUACGAUCCAAAUUUUGAUUACAGAGCGAAUUUUGAUUACAGUGGUUGUCCUAGUGUUCAGGGUGAUGGAGGUACGGUGACUCUUAAUUCCGGUGGUAACAGAGAAAGUAUAAAUGCUAUCUCAGGUUUUGUACACGUAUGGUUUAGAAAAGGCGCACUCUUUAUCAACGGCAUAAAAGUCACCGAAGUUCAAGGAAACGAUGUACGGCUGAUACAAUGGGCUGAAGGUUCACUUAAUAUCAACGGGAAAACAAUUGAAAGAUUCAAUGGAAUGCGAGGAUAUGGAACCAUUCGUAUUUUAUGA